AUGGUUACAAUAGUCCAGAUUAUUGUUCAGUGCGGACCAAACCCGUAUCAGACGACUAAUUGGGUACAAUACUUCCACUACAUGUGGACACCACUCCCUGAAGAUGGCUCCAUCAAGUGCCAAUUACCGACUGUCCAAACUACUGUUGGGUUUGUGCAGGGGGGGUUUAACACCGUCAUCGAUUUCUUCCUCGCCGUGCUCGCUGCCAUCGAACUUUGGCAAUUCUUCUUGCGGACCCUCCACCGAAAUCCAAACACCUCAUUCUGGUCUCAAUUCCGCAAAAUUAGUGCCACCAUCCGAUCCCGCCGGAUCUGGCAGACCAUCACUCUCAGCGGACCACUGCUCCUCUCCGGUUCUGCUUCUAUCGUAAAGACCUAUGUGGGUAGAUUGUCGUUCCUCAGCCUAUACAGCAGCGCUAAUAUCAUUAACCAGAAACUCAAAUCCCUCGGCGACAGACAGGACUUCACCUAUAACAUCGUGACCUUCAUUCUCUGGGUAAAAAUCGAAAACUACAGCAUCCUUCUCGCCUCCUGCGCCCCAGUAGCCCGCCUCUUCCUCCGCUCCUUCGUCGACCACAAACGCGGAGGUCGCACUCACGGCUACUGGUCUCGCUCCCGGUCAACGGACCAUAGUGAGCCUGAAACAGAGCUGAAACGCCGCGCCAAUGCAAAGGAGCAGUGGCUGGAUUCGGCUACAGUGACUAACAUGACCAUUACUUGUACUCACGAUGAGGAGAAUCCGCCAGGUAGGCAUGGACAUGGGCAUGAGCGCUCAAUGAGUCAGGUUUCGAAGGCGUUGAUGCCGGAGCAUAUUGACGGCGGGCAUGUUACUGUUAAGACGGAUAUUGUUGUUCAGGUCGAUGAUGGGAGGUCGAUUUCUUCGGGUGGGACGAGGUUGUUACCUGACGGAGGUGAAUCUCAUUCUACGAGCUUUCAUUGA